AGGCGCGGGGUGGGGCCUAGUAGGCCCGCGGCUUCCGCGCUCUGGAGGGAGCUGCCGCGGCGAACAGCUCUGCUUCCGGCCGCGGGCGCACGAGGCCGCCCAUGGACCGCGCGGCGGUGGUGCGGGUGGGCGCGGCAGCCAGCGCCGGUGUGUGCGCCCUGCUAGCGGGGGCGGUGCUGGCGCAGUACCUCUUCAGCCUGCGCAGAAGGACGGGCCGCAAGACCAAGAUCAUCGAGAUGAUGCCAGAAUUCCAGAAAAGUUCAGUUCGCAUCAAGAACCCCACAAGAGUAGAAGAAAUUAUCUGUGGUCUUAUCAAAGGAGGAGCUGCCAAACUUCAGAUCAUCACUGACUUUGAUAUGACACUAAGUAGAUUUUCCUACAAAGGGAAAAGAUGCCCCACAUGUCAUAAUGUCAUUGAUAACUGUAAGCUGGUUACAGAUGAAUGUCGAAAAAAGCUACUGCAGCUGAAGGAACAGUAUUAUGCUAUUGAAGUGGACCCUGUGCUUACUGUGGAGGAGAAGUUCCCUUAUAUGGUAGAAUGGUACACAAGGUCACAUGGUUUGCUCGUUGAGCAGCGUAUACCAAAAGCUAAACUCAAGGAAAUUGUGGCAGAAUCUGACGUGAUGCUCAAGGAAGGGUACGAGAAUUUCUUUGAUAAACUCCAACAGCACAGUAUCCCUGUGUUUAUAUUUUCGGCUGGUAUCGGUGAUGUUCUAGAGGAAGUUAUUCGUCAAGCUGGAGUUUAUCAUCCAAAUGUCAAAGUCGUCUCCAACUUCAUGGAUUUUGAUGAAAAUGGGGUGCUCAUAGGAUUUAAGGGAGAACUAAUUCAUGUAUUCAACAAACAUGAUGGUGCCUUGAAGAAUACAGACUAUUUCAGUCAACUAAAAGACAACAGCAACAUAAUUCUGCUGGGAGACUCCCAAGGAGACUUGCGAAUGGCAGAUGGGGUGGCCAAUGUUGAACAUAUUCUGAAAAUUGGCUAUCUAAAUGAUCGGGUAGAUGAGCUAUUAGAAAAGUACAUGGACGCUUAUGAUAUUGUCUUAGUAAAAGAUGAGUCAUUGGAAGUGGCCAAUUCCAUUCUACAGAAGAUUCUGUAGCAGGUGUCUGUAGCAGCGCCUCGCUCCUGGACUGCUCAACUCCCUUUCUGCAGAAGACUUUAUUUAUGAUGCAUUCUUGGUGGUGAAGUCCUCCCUUUGUGCAGCUGAAGUGUUCAGUCGGACACGGUGCAUCCCUCAACUGGUAACUCCGCUCCCACCUCUCAACACACUCCUUACCAUGUUUUUUAACCAACUU